AUGUCUGGGUAUUUAUUAGAGCAAAAAGAAAUAGAAAAUCAGACUGUGAAAAAAUUUCAAAAUCCUGAUAAAAAACCAAAAAUGUAUCGACAAUUAAUGGUUGGCUUUUCUGCCAAUUUAGCAAGUACGAUAACGGGUACGAUAAUAGCAUGGACGUCACCAUCUCUACCCAUUUUAGAGGGACCAGAUUCACCGAUUCCGAUAACAAAACUUCAAAAUAGUUGGAUGGCAUCACUUAUGCCACUCGGUGCUAUUUUCGGUCCUUUUUUUGCAGGAUAUGUAGCUGAAAAAUUUGGAAGGAAAAACACUUUACUUUUUUCAGCGUUACCAACUUUAGUUUCUUGGAUAGCUCUUGCAUUUUCCAAAUCGGUCGAAACGAUAUAUUUCGCAAGAUUUUUAGCAGGUUUCGUUGUGGGAUGGAUAUUUACCGUUAUUUCUAUGUACUUAGCUGAAAUCGCACAUAAAUCUGUCAGAGGUGCAAUAUUGUCUCUAUCACAACCUUUUAUAGUUGUCGGUUUAUUAUUCGACUACUGUAUAGGACCUUACGUGCCUUUUAUGUGGCUUUCAAUAGGAGCUGCCUUUCUACCGAUAAUAUUUGCAAUUAUUUUUUUCAAAAUGCCCGAAUCUCCAUAUUAUUUUUUGGGUAUCGGUAAAAAAAACGAAGCGGAAAAAUCAUUAGAAUGGUUGAGAGGUGGAUUCGAUGACGAAGCACAAUGCGAACUAUUAGAUAUUCAGGCAAAUGUAGAAAAAGCAAAAUGCGAAAGUGGUACCAUCAAAGAUUUAUUUGCCACAAAAGGUACAACAAAAGCUUUUAUUAUAUCUCUUGGCUUAAUGGCUUUCCAACAAUUUUCAGGAAUAAAUGCCGUUUUGUUCAAUUCGCAAACAAUUUUCGAAAAAGCAGGUGGUUCUAUAAGUCCGGAAGGAUCAACCAUUAUUUUAGGUUUGAUCAUGUUGUUGGCAUCUGUUGUAACACCUUUUGUUGUCGACAGACUCGGUCGUAAAGUUUUGCUAAUAACUUCCGCUGCCGGUAUGGCUGCAGCUCAGGGAAUAAUUGGUUUGUGUUUUUACCUGGAAAAAACAGGAAGAGACACAUCCAGUAUAAAUUUUCUUCCUUUAGUUUCUUUAGUCGAAUACGUAAUUAUUUAUUCAAUAGGUUUCGGACCACUUCCAUGGGCUGUUAUGGGAGAAAUGUUUCCAAGUAAUGUCAAAUCGAUAGCAUCGACAUUAGUAUCAAGUUUUUGCUGGGGUUUGGCAUUUCUAAUAACUCGUUUUUUCAAUGAUUUUGUCGAAACAUUAGGAAACGAUUACACGUUCUGGAUAUUCGGUUCGUGUUGUAUAGUCGCCAUUUUUUUCAUUUAUUUCAUUUUUCCAGAAACCAAGGGUAAAUCAUUAGCCGAGAUCCAAAAAUUAUUGAAUUCGUGA